CCCCACCUUCCCACCCGCCCCCCGGGUGCUGCCCCGCAGGCGGCCCGCACCAUGGCUCUGUCCUGGAGGAGCUGGCUGGCUAAUGAGGGGAGCAAACAUCUCUUUCUGUUUUUCUGGCUCUCCCUCAAUGUAUGGCUCUUCUGGAAAACCUUCCUGCUCUAUUAUCAAGGGCUGCAGUAUUAUUAUUUGCAUCAGAUGUUAGGGGAUUGUGUGUUAGCAGAGCUUCAGCAUCUGUCCUCAAUCUCAACUGCUGCCUGGUCCUUCUACCAAUGUGCCGUGUUCUCUUGGCCUUCCUGCGAGGAUCUCAGAAGGUUGCCAGCAGGAAAACCAGAAGGCUCCUAGAUAAAAGUAAAACUUUCCACGUGACGUGUGGUGUUACAAUAUGCAUCUUUUCAGUCCUACAUGUUGCUGCUCAUCUGGUGAAUGCUCUUAACUUCUCUGAGAACUACAAUGAAGACUUUCUGGCACUAAAUGCAGCAAACUAUCGUGGUGAGGACCCAAGGAAACUGCUUUUUGCUACUGUUCCAGGUCUGACUGGAGUCAUUAUGGUGUUAGUAUUAUUCCUAAUGUGUACAGCUUCUACGUAUGCCAUCAGGGUUUCAAACUAUGACGUCUUCUGGUACACACACAACCUUUUCUUUGUCUUCUAUAUGCUGCUGAUGCUGCAUGUUUCUGGGGGAGUGCUCAAGUACCAGACCAACUUAGAGGAACACCCUCCUGGUUGCUUUAAUCCUAACAAAACACUUCGACAGAAUAUGACGGUGCCAAAGGCUUUUGACCAGCCGUUUCCUGACUAUACUACUGAGCCUUUCCCAGAGGACUUAGCAGUACCAGAACCCUUUGUACAAAAUAACUUUAUGAGAAUUUGUUCCGAGGAACCCAAGUUCCAGUCACACUUCCCAGAGACCUGGUUUUGGAUUUCUGGACCUCUGUGCUUGUACUGUGUGGAAAGGCUGUACCGCUACAUCCGCAGCAAUAAACCAGUCACAAUAACUUCAGUGAUAAGCCAUCCUUCCAAUGUCCUUGAAGUAAGGAUGAUGAAAGAUGACUUCAAAGCAAGGCCUGGUCAGUAUGUUAUUCUACACUGUCCAAGAGUGUCCGCACUGGAAAGCCAUCCAUUCACCCUUACAAUGUGCCCUACAGAUACCAAAGCAACGUUUGGGGUCCACCUUAAAGUAGUAGGAGACUGGACAGAAAGAUUUCGGGAUUUACUGCUUCUACAUUCAAAUCAAGAUACAGAGAUUCUGCCCAUCUUUCAGCAGAGGCGCUAUCCCAAACUGUAUGUGGAUGGACCUUUUGGAAGUCCCUUUGAGGAAUCCCUGAACUAUGAGGUCAGCAUCUGUGUGGCUGGAGGUAUUGGAGUUACACCAUUUGCAUCAGUACUCAACACACUGCUUGACGGCUGGAAAUGCUACAAGCUCAGAAGACUCUACUUCAUUUGGGUGUGCAGGGACAUUGAAUCUUUCCGCUGGUUUGCAGAUCUGCUCUGUAUGUUGCAUAACAAGCUUUGGCAGGAGAAUCGACCAGACUAUAUAAAUAUCCAGCUGUACCUCAGUCAAACAGAUGGAAUACAGAAAAUAAUUGGUGAAAAAUAUCAAGCCUUAAACUCAAGGCUUUUGCUUGGACGACCUCGGUGGAAACUCCUUUUAGAUGAAAUUGCAAAGUGUAACAGGCGGAAGACCAUUGGAGUUUUCUGUUGUGGACCAAGCAAAAUCUCUAAGAUACUUCAUAAACUGAGCAACAGCAGCAACUCCUAUGGGACAAGGUUUGAGUAUAAUAAAGAAUCCUUCAGCUGAAAGUCUGUUGGACUAGCAAGACUCUCUAGAAGAUAAAAGUGCAAUUUUUUGUUUGUACAACUUAAAAGUUCAGCUGUGGUUUUAAGCAGACAGAAAUGUACCAAAGAAUAGCACAGAUUUUCUUAUUUAUGAUUAUUUAAGACUUUGGAAAAUGAUGGAUGCAGCAGUAUACCAACAAAUAAUAAGUGUUUAUGUUCAAACCCAAAUGCACUCACACAGUAUUUGUGGUGGCAGUGAUUCUUUGGAGUUGUUUCUGUUAAUUAAGAAGUACAGAAGCUGGGGAGAGACACAAUUGCUUUAAAAGCUGAUGGAAGAAGAAUCUGUGGAAUGUUUGAACUUCUUCCACUUCAGUCCUCUGAAGCUGGAUCAGUAAACCAAAACCCAGGUUAAUCCAAAUGAUAAAACAUAGUGUAUUACAAAGACUAUUGCUUUUGUUGGUAUACAAAUCUCAUGGCUUUGGGGUGGAAACACUCCAUAUUAAAGAUUUUAUAUACUGCAGAAUUGGGAUUCUGUAUUUAAAAAUAUAGAGUGUUGCUCUCACUAGUCUACUUCUGUAAUGGAUGUGAAUAUUCCCACCCUGAACGGGAGGGUGGAAUAUGGGGAAAGAUGUAAGUUAACCUAUGGAAAACUGAGCACAACUGCAUAGCACCUGUGGGCAGACUCCACCGUGAUGUAAAUCACAGCCUUUUGGCAAGCAAACGGCUGUAUGUGGAGAACCCUCUAUCUUGCAUCAAUUCAGCAUUCAGUGAGUUUGCAAAAUAAGUGUGAUUUAUGCAGCCAGAAAGAUGGAGCAAGAAAAGCGAUUAACGGGAGCAGACAGGAUAUGAUGUUUUAUUAUACUACGUGCUCAACGUGGAAGUUGCACUCGCUCUGCACUCACAUGCCCUGAAUGUCAAAUACUCAAGUAUUCAGAUGCUCUCACUGAUUAUUUUGCAACGCAGUGGGUUGAAAUCCAAUUUUAGAGGUCCCAGAGUAUGUUUGGCUGACUGUGAUCCUUUGAGUACCUUCCCUGGAGUCACACUUGUUUGCACUGAUGUCGCUGAAAGCAGGAUCGGGCCAGAUCUACAGCAGAGUAAGAACGAAGCCCUCAUUACUGUGCCUCUUUGCAUCAUGUGUGCAGAUAGGAACCUUGCAGGAGCUGCGGUAUGGUUUCAGUGUGUUCCAAAGGGGAGGAUCUGAAACAUCCAAAUUUAAGCUUUCCUUCCCUUCUCCUCCCCACAGCUGUUUUCCACUCUGCUCGUAGUUGCCAUGGAAAGGCUAGAGGUUGAAACAGGCACUUUAUAACUUUUUGGUUCUGAGGAACAACUUUUCUUUCCUCCAUCCAAUAGCCAAUCCAACUUCCUUUAUGUCUUCUUUACCCCCUUUUCCUUAUUUUGCUGAGAUGAGAGAAUUUACACAGGAGUCAGACAGUUAGCUGGCAUAAAUAGGCAUCAUUCUAGUGCAUCGUAGUAGAGCAGCAUCACUUUGCACGUGCUGAAAACCUGCCCCUUAUUCUCCAGCAGAAGCCUGGGAGCAAUACCUUGUGGCGUUUGCAGCACACCCCAAUGUAAGAUAGCUCAGCAUCUCUCAUGCCCGUGCUUCACCUGUAUUUAGCACAGUGCAUUUGAUUUGGUUUACAUCUUUCCAAUGAAGACCUUUUUUAUUGUAGUAGGAAAGACACUAACUUUCAGCUCACAACACAAACUCUGUACAGGGGUCUACAAGUAUCAGCGUCAGUGUUCAGAGGGAAGCAUUUUUCUAGUAAGUGGUGUAUAGGCAUGUUGUAUGUGUAACUAGUGAAAAUGAGUUUAGUCUGUGCCUUGGCAGCUUCUGCUCAGGAGUUGCCCUCAGUGGAGCAGCAGGGCAGAGCUGCAGCAGCAAAGGCACCUGGGGACAUGUUCCUCAGUGUCUGGACUUUGCACUGAAGGUUUUACCUCUGGCUUUGCCCAAUUUGUAAUUCAGGGGGGAAAGAAAGAGCCAGAGUUGGACGUAUUCCUACUGAUGAGAAUUCUCAAAGUAGCCUAGAGGAGAGAAGCCAAAAUAGAAAUGCCGUGUGAGGUGGAAGCCUACAUUGCAGCUACUGAUUUCUUUUUUUUUUUUUUGAGGCUGGAAGGAUCAUUAUUUUCCCAUUGGAUCUCAUUCAUCCAUCACUGUAAAACUGAAGGUAUGCAGCAAAGGAUUAGAUCCUUUUUAAUCAUUAAGAUUUAUUUCUAAUACUGCCUGCAUGGGUUUUAUAAUAAACAUAACACUGAUGGCAAAAUGCAUAGAUAUUGGAUAUUGCUGAUACUGCAGGCUUUUUUGUUUGCUGACAGUUAGCUUAAAGCGUGAUUGAAAUCAUGAAUGCAUCUAUUAACCACAACCAGACAGUGAUCUUUUUUCCACUUGUUUUAGGAUCUAGUAUCUAAUGUUUUUUAAAUAUGGUUUAGAGUCAUCUAAUUACGAUGUUGUUUGUGGUUUCACAUCUCCUCUCUGAUAGAUAUCGGUUCCAUUACCAUAUAAUGAGCAGCUAGUUUAGUAGUUAGCUCUGUGCUAAAACAGAUUAUAUGUUCUGGCUCAGCUCCUGUAUAGGUAGCGCUUUAUAAUUAAAAUAGUAAUAUUAGUACUGCGCUCUUGUUCUGCAUUGUAGCAGGAGCUGACGCAGCGUGUAGGCAUAUUAAAUGCCUGUUGUUACAUUAGGCAGUGCUGUCAGGGCAAGAAUGAGCAGAGCCAGGGACUCCUUUUUCUGCCUUCGUCCUGUACCAACCUCAGCUGACCACUUGUAAAACAGGCUUGGGACUGUCUACCUUUCUGGAGUGUUGUGAGGCUUAAUUAAUGUUUGGGGAUCACUUCAGUGCACCUGCAGUGAAAAGAUCUGUCUAAUUGCUGUGCAACUGUAUUUGUGUUUUAUUUUGUGUAAACCUUUCUAUUGCUGAUAUGACUAAUUGCUAGACCAGGUGAGGAAGAGUUGGGGGAAAGGCUAAAAGCCUCAGUUGUAUUUUUCCUUUUCCUUGAGCUUUUUAGAGGAGCGAAAAGUUUAAGGGUUAGCAACUGUGACUUGGCUUCAGGAGUGGCAGACAUUAUGAUAAACAUGGUCUUUCUACAGGCUGCAUUGUCCUUGCUGCUUCUGAGUGUGUCGCCAGCUUGCAAAACUGAGCCGAGCCCUCUUUUAAACUCCAUAGCUUUUUUAUCUGUGAGCCAAGUGUAUGUGAAAAUAUAACUCCAUGCCAGAAAAGUAAGUGAAGGCUGACAGCACUUAAUUCCACAUUUACAGAUCAACCGGAUUUACGUAAUUGAACAUCUUUACUCUUUAAACUGAGUCCUGUAAGUGAGUCUGUCAUAAGUGUCCUGCUGGCAGGGGAAGGAUCCCGCCAUGUCUUCUGCCACUUCUCGCUCAGUCUGUCACAAAACUGCAGAACCCUCAGUGUUUGCUCAGCAGGAGCUUUGUGUUAUAUUCAUCAUAAAUGUUUCAGGACUUUUCUUUAAACUAAGAAUGUUUUCAUGCCAUGGUGGAAACCAAGCCCUUUCCCUGCAAUGAGAAUCCAGCCCUCAUACAGCAGUGUGAGACUCGGGGCUUUACACAGCUAACAGCUGGAUUAAUCAGAUUUACUGGAGAAAUCCUAUUCCCAUAGCACUGAGAUUACUUGUGUGAGUAUAUGUUCGCUGCCAUAGCAAAGGACUGCAGAGGCGAGCCCUGAUGGAGCAUGGGAAGGCCUGAUGAGGAGUGACCUUCACCUCUGAAAUCUGCAGGACAGCCCGUCCCUCCACGAUGAUUAGUCCAGCCCUGAUUUGGAGCAACGCUUCCCUGUUUCAGCAUAUGGUUCUAAUAGCAUGUGAGUUCUUCCUUGGUCUUUUAUCUGCUCUUCUAGGAGACAGGACCGAAAGGAGUAUGAGAGAUCACAACAUACAACCUUGGACCUGGGCUGGGGAGAGGACACCAGUGCAUAGCACAGACGCCUAGCUGGUGACUGCACGGCUUAGGAUAGAAAGUUUAAGCCAAAUCCAUUUUUCUGCAAAAUGCUGAUUGUUUUGCCACAACAGACUAGAGAACAGUUGCUGUAAAGGGAAAAGAGAUAAACCCAACCCUCUCUCUGUUUGAAGACUCCUGCCCACACAAGCCCGAUGUGAAUAUGUGUAUGAAAGCACUGCGCACAUUCAGCUUCCGCUGCAUCCCGAUCGCGGACUUACUCCCUCAGCACUGAAUCCCCAUCGUUUUCUUUGGUUGCAGAUCUUCACCUGUCUUGUUAGCAGAUGUGCCUUGCGGGUGAGAGAAGUACUACAUAUACUUGCAUCUGUGCACAGUCUGAUAUAAGCAUGGGGCAACCUGUGAGCACACUUUGCAGCCGGUGCAAGCAAGUGCAGAGUCGUCCCUUUGCUUCCAAUACUUGUAGCGCAUAAGUGAGAAAGUGAUUUGGAGCUGGCUGAGAAGGGGCAGAUGAUAAUACGAGUGGCAGACCAGCCGCGUUGGGAACAGUAAUUCAGCUAUAACGGCCUAACAGAGCGGAGAAGUAAUGGUUUGGUAAGACAUUUGCUUUUAGAACAGCAGCCUAAGAGAAAAGCCUCUACUCAACACUGAUGCACCAGUUUAUAGUUUCAAACUACAAGACAUUGCUUAGAGAAGCAGGCAGGAGUCUAACUAGUCAUUGCCUAUAGCAGUUCAAGCCCUGUAAGUCAGAGAAGAGACAUAGUUAUUAAAAUGCAAUGUUUACUUGUUUAAAAAAUAAAAGGGCUUCUAGGGAGAUUAAUUUUCACUUCAGCCUGGCAAUCAUUUCAUAAACAUGCCAGCAUGAUUUAAGACAAGCUGGAUCUGUUCUUCUCUGGAUUAUGCGUCUAAUUGGUCUGCAGAUUUCCCACCCCUCACAAAUAAAACUGUUUUUUAUUGUUUUAACAAAGAGGAUUUAACAGCAAGGUUUAAUCAAGAUGCCACUGGUGCCUGUGCUGAACUGAGCUUUUCUGCAAUGCAUGUACAUUUUUCAGGGAUAUAUAUAAUAAAUCUGAUGACUCAACUGUGAGCAGUGAUUUGGGGUUUGCAUCCUCUCUGCUACUGGUGUAGUUCAUUAACGCCACUAUAGUGAUGCACUGGUGAAACGCAUGGAGCUGAAAUGACACUCUUCAUUCCCAUAAAGAGCCUGAUAUGUUAGUGCCACUUCUAAGCGUAGCAAAUCCCAGAAACUCUGGAGUUUCCUCUGUAGAUGCAGUAGAUUAAUUAGCCAGCAUCUUUUAGGGUUGAACCCCGAGUCCUCUGCUGGACUGACAUGUAUAAUGAAUGCUCUUCCACGAAAGUUUUGAGCAACAAAUGCUGCUCCUUAAAGGGCUGGAGGAGUAUUUGUGAAGGUUUAGUAUCCUGCUAGUUGUAUUACCCAUGUUGUAAGAGGGAUCUGUUUUGGUACCAUGGAAUGCUGUGCACUUUCUCUGAGGUUAUGAAUAUCUCCACGCUUGCAGUGGACGCUCAAGGUUUGCCGAGCCUGAAGUGUUAUAUUUUCUAGAAGGAUCAUAUUUGUAAGGGGCAGCUGCUGGCGCUGUAGUAACAGCAGUGGAUCUGUCCCAUUAGUACAGGGCACGGAGAGAAAGCUGGAGAAAGCCACCCAUCCCAAUUGUAGAUUGCCUCUUAAAAAGCCCUUGGAUUUCUGAGGAUGUCAGACCUUGCAAAAAUAUUUACAUGCUGUCUGCUUCUUCCUGGCAAAGUCUGUCCAUCCCACAGUCCAAAAUCUGCACUUUCUUCCUAAUGAUCUGUACUGUUACACCAGGAGGGGGAAGCCAAGAGUAGCUCCUGAAGCUUCAACUGCUGUCAACUGAGGAGCAAACCAAGAAGGGCAGGACAGCAUGAUGAAUGCCAGCAAUGAACAGGAUGAGAUAUUUUGAACCUGGGAGCAAAGGGGAAGGAGUGAGACAUUUCUCCUGGCUCCUCAAUUCUAGAAAUUACAAGCAAGCCCCAUUUUCUGUAUGUGGAUACAAAGUCUCCCUGGGAUUUGGGAACUAAUAUGUGCAAAGACAUUGCAUUUCUGUUCACAACUUGGUGGUAAAGCACAUAAGAGAACUAGUAUAUUUUAGUAAACACCUUGGAAAUAAGCAAUUUGUUUGCAAUAAAUCCACCAUUGACUCUUUCUAGUUAACCUGUUUCAAAAAAACAUCUACUUCUGUUUUGCAGCUUUGGGGUUGGGAAUGGCUUUACCUGUUAACGUCUCUUCAUCAAAAUACUGAAGCGUGUAGUUCUCUGUGCUAGCUGUAAGUAGCUUUGGCAGUUGACUAAAUAAAUUCUGUGUUCGUUGCUGCUGACCCUAGGUGAGGACAGCCUUGAGGACGAGAAGCAGUGUUACAUAAAUGUCUAGUGUACAUAGCAACACUGAGAAGAGAAACGCUGCUGCAUUGCUUUUGGUGCACCAGUCACACAUUAAAAUUCUGUCAUUGCAAGGUCGUGUUGCUCAUCUCAUACUCUACAACCCUGGGGAAGAAAUUUGGAUGAGAGGUGGGGGAGGAAAAGGGAAAACUUCCUCCUUGUGCUGUAACCAAGAAUAUAUUCAUCGACAGCAGGGCAUUUCUUUCAAUUUCAAAAAAGCAUGUCAUUUCUUUUUCAGGGAUAACAGAUUCUCUCCUGGUGCUGUAUAGUGGUGUUUGCAUGUUAGAAACGUAACACAGUGAUAACGGGUUGCGUCUGAAUUGAAUAAAUAACGCCUCUGAGCCUUUUCUUCUCCCUUUAAUAAUCUGAGAAAAACGCAAAAUACCAGAGAGCAUAUAGAGUGGACUGUGUCCUGAGAUGCACUCAGUGCAGCCUGGUUAGGAAUGCUUUACAGAAACUCUGCAAGCUGCUGGGAAGAGGUGAGGUUUAAGGCAAAGAACAAAACAACUGUUUUAAGGAGAAAUAGAGCAGUGAUACAUGAUCUGUAGUCAGAAGCAGGCCAUGUCACAACACUGGCCAUCGUGUCUUUGAAUGGUGCUGAGUCAGAGCCUAUCCUAAAGGUACACUUUGGCAUCAGGGAAAGUCAAGGGCUCUCGGAUUGAGUCUGCAAUGUGAGAUGAAAGCAGGUUUAAAUGCAGCCGGGUGAGCCACCUGUGUGCACUUUCCAGCUUGGAGCUCAGACCUGUCAUAUCCGAGGGUGAAUUGUGUAGACAACGAGCUGGUCUGACUCUUGAGUGCAGUCUCAGUUGUGUGGUUAGCUGAGGGUAUGGACAUACCCUUUGUAUUUCUGUAGCUUUGUAGAAGCAUGUUGUUCAGGGACUGGGGAGCAGGGUAUGUUACUGUACCUCAUUAGGUGUUAGAUGCCUGAAAGCAUGUACUGUCCAGAACAGAUGAGGUUGGUGAAUGCCAGCUUCCACUGACAACUGAAUAUAACCUGCCCAUAUUUGCACUAGUCUUCAUGAGGAAUAAAUGGCAAAAUCCCUGCAGAGAAGAUACAAGUGCUGUGUUUUUCCUUUAUUGUGUCAGAACAACGUAAAUAACUGUUAAAAAAUAUUUGAUAAGAAUGUGAAGAUUCACCUACGGCAUUAUUCUUUCUGAUUGCUUAAGCACUUGUAACUGUUUGAUAUAUGCUUUUUGAGAAAAACAUAGUGUCCCCAAGCAGAGCUUAAAAACAUGGCUGAGAUGCAACUUGGCAAAGGGUCUCCACCUGAUAGUGAAGUAUCGUUGUCUCUUGGAGCUGGAUGCAUUGGUGCUUUCAUUAAUCUCAGCCUGCUCCCUCUCCGUGGAAGAUUAGUGGGAGCUGAGCUUUCAGAUCCAUCUCAUCCUUUCUGUAUACCCUCAGCCUUUAUUCGGAGAUGUGCUUUAACCCUUGGUUCACUGGAAACAGCCUCAUCCACGUGUCACAUAGCCCUUCUUUUCUGCGCUCUCUCCCUCCAUAGCACAUGUUGUGUCAAGAGGUUUCUCCCACCCUCUGCUUCCCUUAACUCAGGAAAAUGCCAAUCUGGGAAAUGCAGAGGUCCUCAAUUUUAAUCAGCAUGCAUCAGCCUUUAUAACGCUCCUAAUGUACACAAACCAACGGGGGGUUUGUAGUCACUUUGAUGAGCUUUAGUGUACUGAUGGGUUGCAGCAUCCUACUCCUGGAGAUGCUUUUUAGAAUGAGAGGAGGGGCAGUGCCACAAGGACAGCUGUGUACAAAAUGGGGAAAACUCAUAAUAGCAAAGAUUAUGUCAUCUUCUGAAUGAGAAUCAGGGAUUUGGUUUUGUGAAAGUCAGAUCUUUUGUGGCCAUCACUGAAAUUAAGUCAUGUUUCUGCUUUCGCACGUAGGCAUUUCAGGACAGUGGGCAGUGAUGGAAAGGGUUGCUUUUUUCAACUAUAUUCUCUAUUUCCUUACAGCCCCUAGUUUAUCAACUGCAUAUAAAUUCCUCCUUUCACUGAUUAAAUAUUUCCUCGCCUGGUUUCUUUGCUUCAGGGAGCUUGAGAGCUCAUUGUUUAUAAAGGGAAAGAAGAAGGAUUGUGCUGUUAAGCAGACAACUCCCAACACAUAUGUUCUGCUCUGCAUCUUUGAGAAGGAGGCACUGAUGCUGCUGCAACUGCAGAAGGGCAGAGCUUUCACUGAGAUUCAGAUGUGACCAAGACCCUCUUCCAGGAUUCCUAUGUUGAUGAAGCUCUGGGCUUAUUAGUUAGCUUUUUCUGAAACAAGUAGCCUUAGCCCAUAUGUGCCAGGUUGUGAAACCCUUAAUCCCACUGAGUUUUUCUCUCCCUGUGUUUCUUCUAAUCACUUGCAAGGGCAAAUUUGAUGAAGCUCAUUUGGGUAAGAAAUGGUUCCCUUGGUCUGUGAUAGCUGAGGAGAAAAGUCAUAAUUCUGACAUUUUUCCUCAAACCAAUGUCCGAAAAGGUAUUUUGACUGGACCAGCUAUAUUAGUUCCAUAAUGUGCAUAUGGGGUUUUUUCAUGUUCUAUGGUUUUGCAUUGUUUAAAUAUAUUUUCAUUUCAGAUCAAAAAAGCAGAACAAAAAAAAACCCAAACAUCUUUUUACUUGGGCUAACAUCUUUAGCAUGUCCAAAACAUGUCUGUUUUAAAAAAAUUCUUCCAAGACGCUUAGAAGGAGAGUGGAAACCAGCUGGAAAAAACUAUUCUUUUCUAAUGGCAAAGCAUUCUUUAGGUUUUUUUCUUUCCAACCUUCAUUAGUGAAAAGUACUGUUCAAACUAAGCAAUACUACCAUAAUCUGAGCUUCGACAAGUGAAAAUUUUUCUUUUAAAGCAAAGCAUCUCUCUAGGACCAUGUCUGCACUGUCAGCUGAACCUUCAAGGCAACGUCUGCAGCAGAUCCAGACUUGGGUUGCUCCAUAACUUGAGCCCAAAGGCUGAGCCGGCCGCUGGAGGCUCGAUGGGCUCUUGGGCACACACCAGCCCUCCCGUGAGAGAGCUGUGUGUGCUGAGGGCAGGGAGCUUGUUGGGUAUUUAGCCUUCUUUAGCCACAGCUUACCUUACUUCAUAAUGGUUUUCUGAAGUGAUGAGGAUAUAGAGUUAGGAAUUAUUUCAGAAAGGAAGAAGGCAAAUGAUCUAUUUUUAUCUCACUUUGGAUGGUUACAUGGGACUCAUAGGCCAUGUGAGAGUUUGACAUGGUAAAUGUCCAAGAACUGGGCACACUGGUAUGAGCGUGGGUAUCCUGAGAAGACCUUAGCCUGUGAACCCACUAGUCAAAGGACUUCUUUGAACCAGAGUGCUGCACAGACAGAAAAUAAUUAAUCAAAAUCCAGUCUCACGAAGGAAGAUGAGAACCCCAGACGAAAUUGUUGCCAUCCCUAAAAUCUGGAAAAAGCAAUAAACUAAGUUCAACUUUCCAAUUUUUCUUUUAAGAAAUAAGCCUUGGAAGUAGUUAUUUCCAGUUAACAUGCAUAAUGUGAUAGAAAAACAUAAUGCCCUGUUUUUUCUGUAGUUGCAGGUCUUGACUUUUUCACUACAGACCACAUUCUUCCUUCACUCUUUCCUGUCCCAAGAGAGAGAGGCCAUAAAAUUUGUUCUAAAUUUCCAAUUCUGUAUUUAUAUAUUUUUUCCACUAGAGCUGAAAUAAUGUAUUAAAAAGGAAGGUGGCAUUUACUUUUUUAUCUCUAUACAAUGUGCAAGAUAACCAUUUUGGAAAGUACUAGCAUAAAUGUCCACAAUUUUGAGUACGUAAUGUUCUUUUCAGAGAUGCCUGUUUACAUUAAUGUAAUUUCAAUCUGUUCUUAUGUUUUUAUAGAUCAGGAUGUGGUACAAUUCUUUGAAGAGAAAUGUCUGCUUAGUUUCCAAGUGGAACAGAAAGCAAAAUUUGGUCUUGAACUUCCGUUUUUAAUUUUUUCCUCCAGGCUUGACUUUUAGAAAAAGAACAGUACUUACUGGGUUUGUGCCCAUAACAAGUCACACUUUUGUCAUAUGAAACAGCCCAUUUUGUAGCUUCAGCUUGCUGCCCCCCAACACAACAGAGGAAUUAUAUUUCACUGGCUGGAAGGAUUUAAAUAGGUCACUAUUGUAACUGCAUGCCUCGUAAACCUUCAAAGAGUAAGCAGUAAGCUUUUCGACUCUGCUAGUUCCCAUCAAAUGAAGCAAAGGUUUUACCAGUUAGCUGUAUAAUAAGGCAGAGCUAGAAAAUUGAUUAUAAAAAAGCUUUGGGAUUUUCUUUUUCUUCUCUUGCUUUUUCCUGAGUCCUUUGGGGUUUUUUCUCUCUUUUUCCUGAGUCAUGUGCAGAAAUCUUUUCCUAUAGUGUCCCUUUCUUAAUUAUACAGUGUUGUGAGGGUAGAUGCAAACCAUUGGCUAAAAAAAGGUUCAGACUGGGAGAAAUACUAGGCUUUAUCCUAUGGUCUUCCGGAGUUUCCUUACAAACCAGUCACUCUGCUUAGGAUUUUCAGGGUGACAUGAACAAUUCAAGUUCACUGAGGUUUUGAUACCCAACUGCAUUAAGCUUCUUUAUAAAAUCCCAUGUUCUUUUUGCCUACCUGUAAAAUGGGGACUGCCACACCUGAAAAGAGUUUUAUGGGUUUGCCUGGCAAAGAUUCCUUCAUUUCAAAUUUGUUUAGUUAAAUUGCAAAAUCCUGGUUGCAGUAUGGAAAGGAUGCUUCUUUCCAAAAACACUACACUGAAUUAGCUAUUUUAUCUUAAUGGCAAUCCUGACAAUUAAAGUAUUUGGCUGCUGAGUUCUGUUGCUGUUCAGAUGUUAUUUUUACAUUCUGUUGUAUUAGCAGGAUGCCCUAACGUGAGUUUAUGUCUCUUAUUGUAUUUGACAAAACACCAUACAUUUAUUCAUCAUGUAAUUAUGGCACUGUACUCUCAAGGUAUUUACUUUACAGGAAGCUUCGUGACUUUGGAAUAAACAACCAUUCCAAGACUGAGCAAAACAUGGUUGAGUUGCUGUUUGUGACCUGCUUUUAAUUAAUGACAUACUGCUUUAAUCGUGGAAGCAUUGUGUAUGUGCAUAUGUGCGUAUGUAUUACUGCUGGCAGGGGAGGCUGGGAUUUCACUGCUUAAACAGAGGCUCUAAUACUGUUUGAGUUGCCCUAAACUAGCUGAAACAUCCACACAGGGUUGGCAGAUACGCUACAGGAGACCCAGGCUCCUCAGGAACGACAGCAGGAAGCUGGGUAGGAUACCCGAAGUACAAAAAUUCUACUAGGCACCCUUGUUUAGCCACCCAGAGUCAUGUUCUGACUUAAAACAUUAGGCAUAUGCUUACUUCAUAUGCCGCCUCUUGAAAUUUCUGAUAAAUCCAGACCCUUCGAAAAUAGGAACUGAGCCAAAUAUAUUCUGUUUUUAUCUUCGACUAUGAGGCCAUCUCAGAAGCAGAAUAAAGUUAUCACAUUCUCAUACACAGUCAUCCCACCACUGGAACUUAGAAGACCAGUCCACUGCGCUCUGUGUAUCUUUGUCUGUGUAGAGCACAGGGCGAACAGAAGACAGCACCUGCCUGACCCUAACCCACCGAAAUCAGUGAUGAACACAGUUUUCCUCCCAUACCAGAAGUGUGUAGAAAUCCUUCCUACUUAAGAUGAGCACUUGAGAGCCUGACCGAGGGAAACAUGAUCUUUACCAAAGUAUUUCACCUUGUGUUUUAUGUGAAGCACACGCUCAGACCAUACUGCUUUUGAUAGCUCUUAAUGGAGAGCUAAUGUUUUAUUAUGAUCUUCAAGACACUGCUGAUUCUACAGCAAAUCUGAAACAAUUGUUUUAAAACUCGUAAUCCACGUCCCAGUAAUGUGGUUGGGGUCUUUCUGGUGCAGACCAAAGCACCCACUCGAUCUCUCUGCAAGACGUUGAAUGUCCUGGUAGCCAUCCACCUAAUCAUUUCUGCAUUUGGCAGGGUUGUGGGGUUUUAGGAAAAUUACAUGUGAAACAUGGAUUAAUACAAGUUUGCAGACUUCUCUGGGAUUUUUCAGAAUUGCUGUCAAAAGUUCUGGUUAAUUAUUUAUUUUUGAGAAGUAAGGAUACACAAUUAAACUGCAUAAAUUAAUUCCAAGGUUCUAUUUUUUGCUUUCUCAUUCCAGAGUGUUGUCAAUAUAAUGAUGGCAAAGGUACCAUCCCUCUGGAAUGAGGAGUUUAACUGCAGCAAGGUGAAAGCAAGCCACCCCUGUAUAUUCCUUCUCAUUUAUUUUUAGUUGUUAGGUUAAAAACAUGUAGAGAAAGUUAACAUCUCCACUUCAGAGAAGUUCCUGAGCUGUGGAAAUGUUAAAGGUGUUUAUUUAUAGUUAGCACAAGGUCAGUGACAUGCUGGGCAGAGCUAUCAGAGGAAAAAUUGAUACUUUCAAAAAUUAUUAUGGUGUUUUUCAUUAAGAAGAAUAUCCUUUCCCACUCACCUUCCCCUGGCCAAGUAAUGAGGUUUUGCAAAAUGUGUUUUGGCUCAUGAGCGUUGAUAUUUCGUCUGAUACUCGGAGAGGUUUUAUGGGAAACAAUACAUUUCACAAAUGCAUUUGAUCAAGAGGGCAAUCGCAUUGUUCAUACAAGAAGAGUAGGGGAAGGGGAGCACAAAAAUGGGGGGGGCUGUUUAUUUUGACAAAACCUGGCUAAAAAUGCUGAAGCAAAUAAGAAACUCUCCUUACACUGAGCACCAAGCAAAAUAUUGCAGUCUGCUGCUUUCCUUAGCAGAAGAGAAAAACUGUGCUUCCUCCUCCCCACUUCAGCGCUGUGUCGGCAUCAUUGAUCAUGAUAAAUUCUUGAUAACAAGGUGAGCAGAAGGGUGGGCAAUGGCAGACAAAGACUGCUCCUGCUAAUAGAUGAGCUUUUCUAGAGAGAAAAACAGCAGCCGUGUGCUGAGCAGCAGCUGUCUGCCCGAUCCAGGCACCAACCUCUCCUGAAUUUCAGUUAUUUAAUGAACCAAAUCUAAAGUAAAUGAACACCUUUCUCACAUAAUUAGUGGGGAGAUGUGAAAGCCUUUGAAGACCUCCAGGGAGAUCUGAGUUACCUGACUUGGAUUUUUGUAUUUCGGCGUGCAAAAUCUGUUUCAAAAGCUUCUUUUUCCCUCCAUUGAUGUUAUAAGGAACAUACUCAUGUGUUUGGAGAACGCGGCACAUUAUGGGCUGCAAAUGUGGGUGCUCGUUAAGUGUGAACUGUCUCUCCUGUCCUAGAAUAUCUCAGCUGGAGAACCACCUGAAAAAGCACCAUGUGUUACAAAAUUGAGACUAGCUGAGGAGCACACAUAGGUGGUUCCUUACCUGUUCCAGAUUCUGAGUUCUGGGGUAAAAGCAUUGGUACCCCAUUGCUGGUCCCACCAGCCUCCUGAAAGCUGGGGAGCAGCCGUGCAAUCCAGUUAGAGCCUUGUUCACUGCAGGCAACCUGAUGCUUAGCCUUAAAUGUGCCCUAAAGCUCAUUACAGCCACGUGGAUGUGACAGGAGGGCCAAAUUGUAGCACACUGGAAUAAUUUCUAAUCAAUGCAACUUGGAUUGUUUCUCCUGAAAACCCAUCAUCAUUUUUGUAUGUGAGAUGACUUAAAAUAAUCUGUAUUUCUCAUCCAUUUCCCUUUUCCAACUCCUUCCAAAUUUAAUUCUCAUGAAUUUAAUGGAUCCAUGAUUUAUCAUUACUCGUUCUGGUGUCUUGUUUAGCAUAUGCGUAAGCAUUAGACUGAGCUUAAUAGCAGUGCACUUUCUAAUCUGAAAUUGUGCAUUGUGGACUGAUGACUGAUGGUCUGAAUAACCAACAACUUGUCUUGUCUCCCUCCCCAAAACCGUUCUUCUGGUUUUCCUGAAAAUGAAUUUUGUUAGCCCAAAGUUUCUGAUCUUUCUACAGAUUAAUUUUCCAAAUGAGCCUUCCUGUAACUUUUUAGAGUAGUAUGUCUCCUUGUAGGAGAAUGUCACCUUAAUUAUGGUGACUGCAGUGAUUCCCCAAUCUGUCAUCUGUACCCAGACCGCUAAACAAUUUCUAAAGUGAUAGCCUCCCUGCAGACAUCUCUGUUUGGAGCUCUAGAGUGCCAUGGCUCCUAGGAUAAGACAAGAGGCCGUAAUUUUUAAGUCGUGGUGUCUAGACUUGUGGAUUUAAACAUAUUUGUUCCACUGAAAGGGAAAAGUCUUUCUGACUAGAAGUGAUCUGAUUUUCUGAAGUGACAAGCACCUUUUCUGGUAGCAGUAGGGAAGACAGAAAUGCCUCAUUUUCAUUUAGGCACUCAAAUGAGAGUUGUCAAGAGCCUGAUUCUCCCUGAAUGUUAAUAGGAGGUUGAUGCUUUGAAAGUCAGCCCUCUGGAUUAAAUACUUGGGACCACAGACUGUAGAAUUAAAAGACUAAAAUGAAUUUUAAAGUAGUGUCUCGAGUCGAUAAUGGUAUAAAAGAGGACAUGGAGCCUGGAUUCUCUGGUGGUCUGUAUCUUCCAUGGUCACUGUGGCAUUAAUUGACAAGAUUAAAAUUGUGACUUGACAAAUCAUAUAUUCACUUGCUCCUGAUAUAAGUGUCUGUAAUGUCAUCCAUAUGAAAGGGGAGCUGGAAAAAGAGUCCUUACAGGGCUUGUCUACACACAUAUACAUACAUGUUGUACAAAUGUUAUUACUAUAGUAAGAAUACAGUUAUAUACCACCUCUGUUGCCAUGAGUAUAUGUAUUUUGCUAUCAGCUAAUGGCUGUAGCUCUGUCACUCCAGGAUGUGUGUUAUGCUUCAGUUAAAAAAAAAAAUAAAUCACAUUUUCUCAUAA